AUGGGUAGAGUACAGCGCAAGUGGCCCGCUGCCAUAGCCUCGCUCUUCAUUCUCGUUAUGGUUUUCUAUGCGGGCUUUCGAGGCCACUAUGUUGCUACGCAGCUGCCGGCUACUUACCGCUCCGUCACAGCGCCCAACGUCCUGCCCUUCGACGUUCUCAACAAUCUCUUCCCCAACAAGGUCCCUAGCGCCUCAUAUGAGUUUCCAGCCAUGGUCGUGUGUCCGCUGGACAUGCUCACGACCCUUACUUCUCCAGCCUGUGCCCACACUACCCUGGCAUCCUCGAUCCCGUGCGACCCCAUUGGCAUCGUCCAGCGACAGUAUGUCGUCUAUGGCAUGUCCCUCAACUGCUGGGUCUUCAACGAGCUCCCCGGCCGAGUCGAGAUCGCGGCCACCAACAUAGACUCGCUCCAGAUCUCGCUGGCGGUCAGCAGCACCUCUCCAUCGAGCCCUGGCGGCGUCCAAGUGGUGGCCAAUCCGCAGAAUGCCAGCCAGCAAGCCACGCCGAACUUGGACUAUGAAAAUGUCUUUAUGGCCUCGGCCAACAUGGUCACUGAGGUGAUUGCAAGAAAGGUUUAUAUGAUCGACCUCGGAGGCAACGUUGAGGUCGAUUACGAGAUCAAAGCCUCGUCGGUUCGACUCAACAACAGCCUGCCGUCAAACAGCUCUGCCGGCCAAACCGUGAGCAUUGUUGUCAAGUACCCUGUCCUGGAAGUGACUUACGAGAAGGACUUUUUGGUUCUCGACAUGAACAACUGGCUCGGCGAGGUUGGCGGAGUCUCGGCUUUGCUCUACUUCCUCAUGAAGGCCUUCAUGGGCUGCAUUGCCUUUGUUCUCAAGCGCAUUGACGGUUUCUCCGAGGCCGACUACCGCAAGACCGCCCGCAGAGACGAGGGAUUCAGCCAGUUUUGA